UGGAUUCGAUAAUCAUUCGAAACCAUCUCUAACACAAGUCAAAAUAACACAGAUUAUAUUUUCAGUACAAUGGCAACUACCGAUAAUGGUCCCUUUUCCAUGUCGACCAUGUCUAAUGCUUUACAACAUAUCCCUUUCUCUAAAGGAAUCUCCGGUUACAUUCCUCCUCCUGGUUUCACCCCACGCCCCUCCUAUGCCGUAGCAGACACUCGCUCUAACUCUCUGUUCAAUGUUAUGACUAGCGGCGAAGGCUUGUCCCAGUUUAAAGAUAUUAUCUCCAAGUCUGACCGAAAAGAGCUUCAGUUGAUGGCGUCCUUGCUUACGUCAGACUCCGAUUACUUCAUGGAGGUCGUCAGAAACAUUUACGGGUCGAGACGCGUCCAGAAGCUCCUCGGAAUAUCAGAUGACGUGGACGCCUUCUUCUGCGCCGCUAUUUUGCGCCGGUUCUUUCAUAUCAUGACCGAUAAGUACGCAUCCUACGUGGCGAUACGAGCUAUGCUUGUUUUCGACCAGAAGAAGAAGUAUGUAAUGUACGAGCACCUUCUCCACCACGCGCUCGACAUCGCGCGUAAUCAAUACGGCUGCAUCGCGCUCAACGAGGUCAUAACCGACGCGGAUGAUCCUUUCUACAGAAAUCUUCUACUGGAUUUAGUCGCACGCAACGCUGUCUGCCUAAGCAACGAUCCUUCGGGGAACUUCGUGGUCCAACACGUGCUUACACUAUAUGACUCGCGUUGCACGCAUAACGUUUGUGUUAGUCUCCGUGGCCACUGCGUUGAUCUGUCGUUUAAGAAGUACGGAAGCUACAUCGUAGAGAAGCUUCUAGAUAAUGAGGAGGCAAUGGCUGUGGUGGUUGUGGAGCUUUUGGAAUGCGAUGGAGACAGGUUGAUGAGGCUGGCUAGGAAUGAGUUUGGGAGUUUCGUGGUGGUCAAGGCAUUGAGACUCACGAAGGUGAUGAAGAGUGUCGAUCUGUUUAGGAGUCUGGUGCAGAAGCUGAUGCCUUUUCGCCACCUUUUGGUUAGGUCUCACGGAAACAACAUUGCAAACAUCUUGGAGUCUGCUGUUUAAGUUACCUAGCUUGCCAUAAUAGUUGUGUAUGUCUGUCUCAAACAAGUUACACAGUGCUCAAACGGUUCAAAUUUUGAAUGGUAA